AAGGAAGACAAAAAGAUCUUCCUGAUAUUGGGAUUGAAAUGGCAACGUUUCAAUCCCUUUCUACAGCAUUUCUGGUCUAUGUGAUUGUGUCUAAUCACAUUUUAGUUGAGGCCAAUAUGGCAAAGAACAUGGUUCUAUUCUGGGGAAAUAGUCAGUCCAAAAUAGAAGGGGAUAACCUUCAGCUUGUUUUGGACAAAAGCACAGGCUCGGGAGCAAAGUCGAAGAGAAGUUUCUUAUUUGGAAGCUUUGAAGCUCUCAUCAAGUUCGUUCCAGGGGAUUCUGCAGGAUUAGUAACAGCGUUUUAUCUCUCUUCUUCGGGGACAUAUCAUGAUGAGAUAGAUUAUGAGUUUUUGGGGAAUGCUUCAGGACAGCCUUAUACAAUUCAUACAAACAUAUUUGCUCAGGGUGUUGGACACAGAGAACAACAGUUUCGAUUGUGGUUUGACCCUACAGCUGAUUUCCAUAACUACACAAUUCACUGGAAUCCUAGUACUGUUGUGUGGUAUAUCGAUAGUAUCCCGAUAAGAGUUUUCCGGAACUACGAGAACGUCCUGAAGCAAAGGAUAGGAUUCCCUAAUAAGAAAGGUAUGAGGUUAUAUACCACUUUGUGGAAUGCAGAUGAUUGGGCAACUCAAGGAGGUCGUGUGAAAACAAACUGGACCAACGCACCAUUCACUGCUAAUAUGCGCCGAUUUAGGCCCAGAGCUUGUCAUUGGAUUGGAGAGCUCAGCAAUAGCCAAUGUGCCACUAAAUCCCCAGAAAACUGGUGGACUUCUCCGGAUUAUGCGCAACUAAGUGUACGUCAGUUGGCAAAGCUUGGUCGAGUCCGGAGGAAUUACAUGAUAUAUGAUUACUGCAGAGACCCUGCACGUAAACGCCCCAAUGGUCGAUUGCCACCAGAAUGCUAUCGACCCCAGUACUAACACAAAGAAGUAUAAAUACAGAUACAAGACACAAAUACGACAUAACACUAUACCCCAUAUUUUAAAAAUCUAGGACGGGACAUGG